AUGGACUUUGGGCCUCCAGCAGACUUGUGUCUGGAUGAAGGCUCUUUUCCCCCGCAGCUGCUGCAGCAAGCUGCAGCGAUUGCGGAUGCUGCAGCAGCAGCAGCAGCUGCAGCACCCAAGGAGCUGCGGCAGCUGCAGGAGCUGGAGCAGCUGCAGCAGCCCAGCUUCUGCCUGCCCCCGCCAGCCCCAGACCACGAACUCCAGCAGCAGCAGCAGCAGGAGCGAGCAGCAAAGAGCGACGACGCUGCGUGGCCGCCGCUGUCGGGUGCGGGGAAGAGGCCCCAAGGCAAAGUGAGCUCCAGCGCCCCACAACAAAAGCAGCAGCAGCAGCAGCAGCAGCAGCAGCAGCAGCAGCAGCAGGAAACGUUUGGGCGUGGGGCCCCGGAGAGCGAGAGCAGCGAGGGCGCAUGCAAGGCGCCUCCGUCUUCGCCUGCGUGUGCAGCAAAAGCAGCAGCAACAGCAGCAGCAGCAGUGCGCGCGCCCCCCGGCCUCAGGGGCCCCGACGUCCAAAGUGCCCUCCUAAGGGCCUCCUUUCUGGGCCGAGUGGAUAUAGUAAAGCUCUGUCUGCAGCGCGGAGCUUCUGCUGCUGCUGCUGAUGCUGUUGGCCGCACGCCGCUGCACUAUGCUGCAGCAACUGGCGUCGCCCAGGCCGUUGCGCUGCUGCUGCAGCACUCCGGGGG